AUGGAUAUCCAGAACGACCAUAUUGCUCCACUACAUGUUCUGAAAGGCAAACCUCAUGCACAUAUGCAGACCGCAGCUCUCCCCGAUGGGAUGAUUUCAAACAAUAUGUUGCCUUCAUUAGCAUCGCAAAUGCAGGUGACCCCACCUUUGACACCACAUAACUCACGAGAAGCCAUGAUUGAAAGGAAUAGCCAUGAAGUAGCCAUAUUUCACAAUUACCUGCGGGCCUUUUAUCCCUUCCAACCUAAUGCGGGCUUCUCGUCUUCUACUGUUACGUUGCCUUUGGACCAAGGGGAUAUAAUCCUGGUUCAUUCUAUUCACACCAAUGGCUGGGCUGAUGGUACUUUGCUGGAAACAGGUGCUCGGGGUUGGCUGCCGACAAACUAUUGUGAAGCAUACGACCAAUUGCCUAUGCAACCGAUACUUAAAUCAUUAACUGACUUUUGGGAUACCAUCCGUGGAGGAUCAGCAUCCACCCUUCAUCAGUUUAGCAAUCAGGAUUACAUGAGAGGUCUUAUUGCUGGUGUGAGAUUUUUGCUGGAAAAAUCUGAAUGCCUCACGCGAGAUUGCCAACUGGUCCAGAAAUUUGAUGCCUUAAGGAGAAACAGGAAAGCGCUUCUUUCAGAUCUCUCGUCUUUAGUGAAGCUAGCAAAGCGCCUGCAGGAUGUUGCCAAUGGGGGAGAGCUUGAUGGAUCGCUGGACACCAUUUUCGACCAGAUGCUUUUUAAAGCAUUUAAGAUUGUUAUUCGAGGGGUGAGGUUUUUAGACGUCUGGAACGAGGAAGUCGGCCUGAACAGAGCGAUGGCAGAGCUUGACGUCUCUCCCAUGAGCCCCAGCCAUGAUAUCUAUGACACCCCUCUAACACCCCCUGCGGACGCCUCAUUCUUUGGACCGGUUUUUGGAUCUACUAUUUCCUCUACUCCAUCCUUCAGUAUAAGUGGCUCGAGAAGCAAUGAGGCCCAUCAGGGAGACUAUUUGGGUUAUGCCCAUACUUCCAUUGGGCAAGCAGAACUCUAUAAUCCUCAUAUUCCCCUCAGGCGGCAAUCCAUUCAACCUAAGAGGAUAUCUGUUUCGCACCGCAUAUCUUACAACGGCCCUUCCUCAACACAUAAUCCAAAUCUUGCGUCCGCACUCCUUACAUCAGCCUACGACGAGUUUCUUGGUGUUCUAGGCUCAUUUAUUGGGCUGCAUCUACAAUCUCGUUCAUCGACUGAACUCCUCCUAACUACGCAAAAAGCUGCGCAGUCUUGUCGAACUUUGCUUACGAUAGUUGGAACGAUAUGCGAGCGUGAUCUUCAUCGUUCUGACCUUCUGGAGCAGUCUAAAAAUACGUUAUAUGAUAGGAUCACUGAACUUGUCCAUGCCACCCGUGAUGUCUUUCGGCCGGCACAUGCAACAGAUGAUGAAGUGGUGUUCAUGCCAGGUGAGGGUAAAAGGUUAGUUGAUGCGGCUACUGGAUGUGUUAGGGGGGCUGGCGACUGUGUUGCCAAAGCCAGAUAUAUAUUUGAACAGAGUGGUGAUUUUGAGUUGGAAGGUAUCGGGCUUGGGAUAGCGGGCUUGGACACAGACGAGCACGAAACCCCUAACAACAAUCAGUAUGUUGACGACUCUGAAAUGCAAGAAAGUCCAGAUGACCAGUUCGAAAAGGUAGACAAUGGCAACGAGAUGUCGAUUGUGCGAUCACCCCUACCACCCAUCUUAAUACCAAAUAAGCAGUUACCGUUCACUCCAGAUCUAACUGAUGGUGUUACCCCAUCCUCCGAGUGCACAAGCGCAAUGGUCUCAACGCCAACCUCAACCCUUGACAUACGUCUGAACCUAAACUUUUCUUCAUAUCAUGACGUUGUCGAACACCCUACCCCAUCUGAACAGUGCGAUACCAAUGAAACGUACCAUGCUACUUCGUCGGAAGACAAUCAUCCCACCGACAUAUUCCAUGCAGAAUCGACUACCGAUGUGACAAGAGCAACGAGCGAAACCACGUUCGUGAAUAGUAUUCGAAACUCAGAGACAAGUGCUGUUUCACAGGCAUCAACUCGUGCUACCACUCCUGACUUCAACAAGCCCUUUCCUCAUGUCAUUGCCCACAGCAGCUUCCAAGGCUCACAGACUACUCUGAUUGAGGAAGCUGAUGAGGGUGAGAAUUUGUUAGAGAAGACAUAUGCUCAAGAGCUUAUGUUAAAGGAUGGUCAAGUAAUUGGAGGAAGCCUUCGGGCUCUCAUCGAGAAACUUACCGCCCACCAAUCCACCCCCGAUGCCCUCUUCGUUUCUACAUUUUAUCUCACCUUCCGGCACUUUGCAACACCAAUUGACUUUGCAGAAACACUGAUGGAUCGCUAUGAUUACAUUGGAGACCACACUGGAGCUGCUGGCCCUGUCCGUCUGCGAGUCUAUAACAUCUUCAAGGGGUGGCUAGAGUCUCAUUGGCGACAUGACUGCGAUGAUAUUGCUCUCCCGUCAAUACUGAAGUUUGCUCGAACAAAGCUAUUGAUUGCCCUGCCCUCUGCUGGAAAUCGCCUAGUGGAACUUGCAGAGAAGGUAUCGACAAUGCAUGGGCCGGUGGUUCCAAGACUAGUGUCUUCAAUGGGAAAGACCAAUACUGCCGUAUCCCAAUACGUUAGCCCUGAUGUUCCUCUCCCAAGCCCAAUAAUAUCCAAAAGCCAGCUAAACUUAUUGAAACAAUGGAAAGCGGGAGGUCAAUCUGUUAGCAUACUGGACUUCGAUUCCAUGGAGUUGGCACGGCAGUUCACGCUCAAAGAGUCUAGGAUAUUUUGCUCUAUCCUGCCCGAGGAGCUAUUAGCCACUGAAUGGAUGAAAAAAACCGGCUCACUAGCUGUAAACGUCCGAGCCAUGUCGACGUUAUCAACGGAUCUGGCUAAUCUUGUGGCUGAUUGUAUCUUGCAACAAGAGGAACCAAAAAAGAGAGCUUUGAUUAUCAAACAAUGGAUCAAGGUCGCGUCUAAAUGCCUGGAAUUGAAUAACUACGAUUCUAUGAUGGCCAUUAUUUGUUCUCUUAACUCCUCUACCAUUUCUCGUUUGAGACGUACUUGGGAGCUGGUUUCGCAGAGGACGAAAAAUUUGCUGGAACAAAUGAGGAAAAUCGUUGAUGUUUCAAAAAACUACGCUGUACUUCGUCAACGGCUGCAGGGCCAUGUACCUCCAUGUCUACCAUUUGUGGGAACCUAUCUAACCGACCUCACUUUCGUCGAUCAUGGUAAUCAAGACACACGAUCCCUACCAACUGGCGACGGUAGCAAAUCGGUUAUCAAUUUCGAUAAGCACAUGAAAACAGCGAAAAUCAUCAGUGAGCUCCAACGCUUUCAGAUACCUUACCGGCUUGCUGAAGUCCCGGAGUUACAGACAUGGAUACAGGAUCAACUCAUUCGUGUCCGUUCUGGAGGAGAGAAAAGCUUUCAUAAUUACUAUCGACGUUCCUUAGUUUUAGAGCCCAGAGAACGACACCUACAGCGCGGCAACCACCCAGAGAUCAGCCCGUCGUUAGCUCGUGAAACUUCCAGAGAGAAGUUUGAUUUCCUUUCGUGGACUCACAGUUCCAAAUUCAAAGCAGUGUCUUCCCAUGGAUAA